AUGUCCGAGGGCAGAAAUCCGCCCACGAGUGGUGGUUCGUCUUCCAAGAUUUCCGAAGGAGAAGCAGACCUUUAUCUAGACCAAUACAACUUCACCACCACUGCAGCAAUUGUGGGGUCUGUAGACCGUAAAAUAUUCGUGCUGCUGAGAGACGGACGCAUGCUUUUUGGUGUGCUAAGAACGUUUGACCAAUACGCUAAUCUGAUACUCCAGCAUUGCGUGGAGAGAAUAUACGUGACAAAACAGAACCAAUACGCCGAAUGCGACCGCGGCGUUUUCAUGGUGCGUGGUGAAAAUGUGGUUAUGCUCGGAGAGGUGGACAUAGAUCGUGAAGACCAGCCUUUGAGUGAGAUGCAACAAAUACCGUUCGACCAGGCGUUGGCGGUGAAAAAAGCCCAGGACGAGGCCAGGUUCGCCUCGGAGAGCAAGAAGGGCAUGCUCAUGGCCCAGCACGGUCUCAUUUACGAAUUCCACAAAUCCGAUAUAUAUUGA